AUGAACAGCAAUAACAGAGUGCAGAAUGUUUCUGCAUGGCCAAACCGUAAAAGGCAAAGACAACUAAAAAGAAUGGAAGAUGAAUAUCAGGAUGCACGAGAGUCUGUUGAGAAGGCCGAAAUUUUAUUGACCGAAGAACAAGGUUUCAUUGAAGGCGAAGGUUUAGAAAAGACAUGGAGAUUCAGACAAGAUGAAAUUGUCAAGCAUGUCGAUGUUGCUUCUGCAAACAAAAGGUUUGAUCUCAAACUCUAUGACUAUGGCCCAUAUACCAUCGACUAUACCCGUAAUGGGCGUGACCUGCUUAUCUGCGGUAAAAAAGGACACAUUGCCUCAUUUGACUGGCAACUCGGCAGAUUGCAUACUGAAUUGCAUCUAAAUGAAACCACAAAUGCCGUCAAAUAUCUGCAAAACAACCAACUAUUUGCAGUUGCGCAAAAGAAAUAUGUUUUCAUUUAUGAUCACGAAGGUACUGAAGUUCAUAAGCUACAGCAGCACAUUGAUCCCACUCUGCUUGAAUUUUUGCCAUACCAUUACCUUUUGGUUUCAGCGGGGAAGUCGGGUUGGUUAAAAUACCAUGAUAUUUCUACCGGUGAAGUGGUGUCACAGUUAAGGACCAAAUUAGGACCUACAGUUUCUAUGAAACAAAACCCUUGGAACGCAGUCAUCCACGCUGGCCACUCGAAUGGGCAAGUCACAUUAUGGUCCCCAGCUAUGAGUACGCCAUUAGUUAAGUUGCAAGUUUGUAAUAGUACCGUUCGUGAUUUGGCUGUGACUAGAGAUGGCAGGUAUAUGGCUGCAUUGGGGGCUGAUAAAACGCUCAAAAUUUGGGAUAUCCGUAAAUUUGAGGAACUUGAUAGUUACAAAACUCCAACUCAAGGUAACUGUGUUGAUAUUUCUGAUACCGGUUUAAUAUCGGUUGGAUGGGGCCCGCAUGUUACAGUGUGGAAAGAUUGCUUCAAGACCCACCAAGCAAAUCCCUAUAUGAGUCAUUUGCUUCCUGGCUCGCAAGUGCAAAGUACGAAAUUUGUGCCAUUUGAAGAUAUUCUAGGUGUUGGACAUAACAAGGGAUUUUCUUCUUUGAUCAUCCCAGGUUCUGGUGAAUCUAAUUAUGACGCUCUUGAAAUCAAUCCAUACGAAACUACGAAGAUGAGAAGAGAAGGGGAAGUCAGGUCAUUGUUGAACAAGUUAAAGCCAGAUAUGAUAUCCUUAGAUCCUAAUGUGAUUGGUACUGUGGACAAAAGGAAGCCUCAAGAAAGAUUAACAAUGAAAGAACUAAGUGAGAAGGAAGAACAGGAAAAAGAAGAAGCGAAAGGGAAGGACGAGGUCGAAAAGUUCAUUAAACCUGAAACAAGCGCAAAGAACUCUGCAUUGCGUAAGUUCAAAAGAAAACAAAGAAAGAAUAUGGUCACUGAACGUACAAUGCGUGUUCAAAAGGCUCUAGAAAGAGAAAAAGAAUUGAGGAGACAAAAGCAAGAACUAGAGGACAAUAUUCAACUUAAAAAGGAUGAGCUUGAGAAUGCCUUUAAUAGAUUUAAGUAA